GAUAAUAAGAAAAUCAAGCGAUUCAAGUAUCACAUCGAUAUAAUUCAAUAAAAUUCUAAUUCUGAUGAUUGUUGGGAUAAUAAGAAAGACAAGUGAUUCAAGUGUUUACACAAAAACGGAAGUAAUGAGAUGUCAGCUCUGUUUCUUUCCCUUCUAUCUUCUCUUUUUCUUCUACUCCGUUGACUCUUCUUUAGCUCAAAUUUCCAUUAAUGAAGAUGAGCAGCAAAUCCAAAGAUCUCAAUUCCCAGAAGGCUUUUUCUUUGGAACCAGCACUUCUUCAUAUCAGAUUGAAGGUGCAUAUCUCGAAGAUGGUAAGGGUCUUAGCAAUUGGGAUGUUUUCACUCACAUUCCAGGAAAGAUAAGAAACAACGAAAAUGGAGAUGUUGCAGAUGAUCAUUACCAUCGCUACAUGGAAGACAUUGAAAUAAUGCAUUCUCUUGGGGUAAAUGCAUAUAGGUUCUCAAUUUCAUGGGCAAGAAUUCUUCCUAAAGGGAGGUUUGGCAAAGUUAACCCAAAAGGGAUCGAGUUUUAUAACAAAAUCAUUGACAACCUGUUGCUCAAAGGAAUUGAGCCAUUCGUGGCACUUUACCACCAGGAUAUGCCACAAAUACUAGAGGAAAGCUAUGGGGGUUGGCUAAAUCAUUUAAUACAGGAAGAUUUUCUAUAUCUUGCCACUAUAUGUUUCAACGAAUUUGGAGACAGAGUAAAGCAUUGGAUUACCCUCAACGAGCCAAACCACGUUGCAGAGUUUACCUACUUACGUGGAGAGUUACCCCCGGCACGCUGUUCGCCGCCUUUUGGAAAUUGUUCGGCUGGGAAUUCCGAUGUAGAGCCUCUCGUCGCGAUGCACAACAUGUUGAUGGCACAUGCAAAGGUUGCUGAUAUGUACCAUAGGCACUUUAAGACGACACAAGGUGGGCUUAUUGGAAUUAUUGCAUUUGCAUUUAUGUAUGAACCACUUAGAUAUGAAGAAGUGGACAGAGAAGCUGUUAAUAGAGCCUUGGCCUUCAAUAUUGCCUGGAUGUUAGAUCCUCUAGUAUAUGGAAAAUACCCAGCUGAAAUGCAUGAAUGCCUUGGUUUGGAAUUGCCAAGGUUUUCCAAUAGUGACAAGGAGCUUAUAAGAGGCAGUUUGGACUUCAUUGGCAUAAAUCACUAUUCAACUCUAUAUGUUAAGGACUGCAUCUACUCUGCUUGCUCAAUGGGCGGUGACCGCCCGGUUCGAGGUUUCCUUAGUACCAUUACAGAAAGAGAUGGUGUUCCAAUUGGUAAACCGACUGCUAUGCCAAGGUUCUUUGUUGUUCCAAGAGGCAUGAAGAAGAUCAUCGAGUAUCUUAAGCAACGAUAUGAUAACAUGCCCAUCUUUGUUACCGAAAAUGGGUAUUCACCAAAAAUACAGCAUGACGAACAUGUAGAAGACUUGCUACAAGAUGUAGAUCGCAUCAAAUUCCAUAAAGCUUACCUUGCUGCUUUAGCAAGUGCUAUAAGAGAUGGGGCAAAUGUGAGAGGAUAUUUCAUAUGGUCAUUAAUGGAUAACUUCGAAUGGGCAAGUGGAUACAGUGUCAGAUUUGGGCUCUACUACAUUGAUCGAAUUACCAAUUCCCUUCAAAGAAUUCCAAAGUUUUCUGCAACAUGGUUUGUUUCUUUCCUCGCCAUAAAUCAUACACAAAACUCUACCACUAAACGUUCUGUUAAACCCUUAAAACCAAACAUGAUUCAUUCUACAGUGGAAGCUGCUAAAAUAGCAGCAAAUAUGUAAUUACCAUCCUAUUAAUUUAUUGGAUCUCUUUUUCUAUAAAAGCUUUUAACUAUUGGUAGUCGGUUUAUCAAAGCA